AUGCUGCUAACAAGGGUCGCUGAGGCCGGUGGCGAUGAGAGAGGUGGGAGAUCGAAAGAGUUUUUGAAGAAUGGUGGAAGUAGUCUUUUUUUGGAAAUGGCUAGUGCAAGGAGUCAACUGAUAUGGAAGAGAGACGAUGAUGGAGAAGAAAGUCAUUGGAAGUCAAUGGUGGUGGAAUACACAUAUAUUUUGUACAUUGAGAUCAUUUGGUGUAUUAUGUCGAAUUCUAAUGUUAUUGAUGGUGAUUUGUAUUCUUCUAUGAGUGAGAGUGAAGAAGAAGACGUUGAGAACUCAUUUUAUGAAGUACAUGAUGCACAAUAUUGUGAUGAUAUAAUUGGAGAACAUGUCUAUAAGCUAGAUGUACAUGUUCAACUUAUUCCAUUUAAGGGUUUAAUCUUCAAAUCAUUAAAGUUGGCUAUCAAAAUGUAUUCUGAGUAUGCUGAAAUUGGUGGUUUUGAUGUUAGACUGAGCACACAGUCAAGGUUUGAUAACAAGAUUAUAAAGAAGAAACAUGUUAUAUGUAAUUGUGGUGGUAAACAGAAAAAGAAAUCUUGUGACACAUUAGGUACAAGUGGUGUUAUGAGGAAACGAAAUUCAAAUUCAAGAGCUAUUGGUUGUCAAGCAAAGAUUAUAUUUGAAUCUGUGUAUGGAACUCCAGAUUAUAAAGUUUUUCAGUUUGAUGAACUUCACAACCACCCACUUGAGAAGAGAAGCGAUUUAAAAAAAGCGAGACAAAUGUCAUAUUCAGAAAAAGAGUUUAUUGUACGUUCUUCCACAUCAAAAAUAGGUCCAAAUAUGGCUCAUAAGUUGAGGGCAAGUUUGAGAGGUGGGUAUGAGUUUGUAAAGCCAAAAGUAGUUGACUAUAAAAAUUUAAGGAGAGAUAUCAACAUGGUUAUUGGUUAUAAAGAUGCCCAGAUGAUAGUGAACACAAUGAAUGACCAUCGAGCUCAUUAUCCAAAUUACUCAUUUGAGUUUAAUUAUCAAGAUGAUAUUUUGGACUGUAUGUUUUGGGCUGAUGAAAUGGAGAAGACAUAUUAUGCUGAAUUUGGUGAUGUUAUCUUGUUUGAUGCGACUUUCCGAACAAACAAGUAUCGAAUGGUUUUUGUUCCAUUUACUGCUAUUGACCAUCAUAAAAAAUCGAUUACUAUUGGAUCUGGGUUGCUAAGCAAUGAAAGCAUUGAGUCUUACUCUUGGUUGCUUAAAGCAUUUCUUAAAACUCAUGGGAAAGAACCAAAACUUGUUUUAACCGAUCCAGAUGCUGCAAUAAAACAAGCUGUUGAGAAUAUAUCAGAUGAUUUAUUUACUAACACAGACUUUAGAAAAAGGUUUUCAAAGCUUGUUUGGGACAUUAAUAUGAAUCCUGAUGUUUUUGAGGUGAAGUGGGGUUUGCUUAUGAAGGAAUUCAAUCUUGAAGACACAAGAUGGUUUAAAGACAUGUUUACAAUACGUGAUUCAUGGAUACCUGGAGAUAUUCCAAUGUGUGUUUGA